CCGCCGCCCGUCACCACCCGCAGCGAGCCUUGCUCGUCACCAACUCACCAUCACGCGCGAGCGCGACGCUUCAGCUCUCUCUCGUUGAAGAGCUGCAUCUCCAGCCAGUGCCUAGCCCGUCGAGGGACCGGUCGCCUUGGCGGACUCCCGCUGGUGCUCCUCCACGCCCAUCUCUCUCUUUUCCUCGCUGCAGCCACGGAUCUUGGUAGCAGGGACGCCACCGCAUUUCCAGAAUCCAAACGGAAUCGCGCUGGAAUUUCACAGGAAUCAGUUCAAUUUCACGGAACAAACGCAGGAGCAAGGAAAUUUUGUCACGUUCCCCUCAUUUGUUUCCUUCGGCGACGACUAGGCGAGUGCUGCCCGCUCUUCACGAGGUUUUCACCUGCGAGUCUGCGACGAACAUCCUCCAGUUGAUCUUCUGGCUGGAAAAUCACGUUGACGGUGGCAAGUAGGGGUUCUAUCAUCCGCAGCCUCAUCUCAAGAAGCAAAAUUCUUUCAUGAUCCCUUUGAACCGGAGGGCAAGCCUGCCCAGGGCUGGGAUGGAGUACUUUGAUGCAAGGCGGAAGCCUCGUAAUGUUGGAAAAAUCAUUGCAGCCCUGGUCCUCACAACACUCUGUAUAUUUGCUCUGAAGCAAUCUCCUGGUUUUGGUGGCAAUAGUGUGUUUUCUCGCCAUGAACCUGGUGUUACCCACGUCUUAGUAACAGGAGGAGCUGGUUAUAUUGGUUCACAUGCCGCUUUAAGGCUCUUACAGGAUAGCUAUCGAGUUACCAUUGUGGAUAAUCUAUCUAGAGGAAAUAUGGGAGCAGUAAAGGUUCUGCAGGGCUUAUUUCCGCAGCCUGGUAGACUACAAUUCAUCUUUGCUGAUCUGGGGGACCAGAAAUCUGUCAACAAGAUAUUUGCUGAAAAUGCAUUUGAUGCUGUGAUGCACUUUGCAGCUGUUGCUUAUGUGGGAGAGAGCACAUUGGAACCCCUUAGGUACUAUCACAAUAUUACAUCGAACACUUUACUGAUUUUGGAGGCUAUGGCAUCUCAUGGAGUCAAAACCCUUAUCUACUCCAGUACAUGUGCUACCUACGGAGAACCAGAGAAGAUGCCUAUUACAGAAGCCACACCUCAGUUCCCUAUCAAUCCAUAUGGAAAAGCUAAGAAAAUGGCAGAGGAUAUCAUAUUAGAUUUCUCAAAGUCGAAGGGAGCUGACAUGGCUGUCAUGAUUUUAAGAUAUUUCAAUGUUAUUGGCUCUGACCCUGAGGGAAGAUUAGGUGAGGCUCCUAGGCCAGAACUCCGAGAGCAUGGUCGGAUAUCUGGGGCAUGCUUCGAUGCAGCAUUAGGAGUCAUUACAGGAUUAAAGGUUAAAGGAACAGAUUAUCCCACAACUGAUGGAACCUGCAUAAGAGAUUAUAUUGAUGUCACAGAUUUAGUUGAUGCUCAUGUGAAAGCACUCAACAAGGCAGAGCCUAGAAAAGUCAGCAUUUACAAUGUUGGAACAGGAAGAGGUCGCUCGGUUAAUGAGUUCGUCGAUGCCUGCAAGAAGGCAACUGGGGUUAACAUCAAAAUUGAGUACCUCAGCAGAAGGCCAGGAGAUUAUGCAGAAGUAUAUAGCGACCCAACAAAAAUCAACAAGGAGCUCAACUGGACAGCUCGAUAUACUGAUCUUAAAGAGAGUCUGUCAGUCGCAUGGAGGUGGCAAAAGUCGCAUCCCAGUGGCUACGGGCCAAAUCGAAUAUAGCCUGCUGAUUUAUAAUUCACUGAAUCAAUACAUAUUAAUUCUUUAGUUAGCGAUAAAAAAAUCUUGCUAUGACACUCCUCUCAAAAUCACUCCGUAUUCUUCUCGUUCUUUUUAUUUCAAAGGUUUGCUGUUUUUUUACUAGUAGAAACAUGAACGGUGAUUUGGAUACAAAAAACUUGUGAUGACAAUUUCAUUGUUUUUGACACAAAUUGUUGAUAGAAAAAAUGUACAUUUUUCAGCCAGUGAGCUGCAAGGUUUGGUUGCAUCGAGUUAAGAAAAACCUUAUGUUGUGACCAA